UCUCGCCACUUUUAACAUGGCCGCCGAUCGAAGAGCCAAUCAGAAUGUUACAUCAGCAUUUGCACAUGGUUCACACGAUCCAAGAUGGGGAAUGUACUAGCGGCUUCACCGUCGAAUCCCUCAUCUUCUAGCAACGUCACCUCAAUACCGCCGCCUCCACCCCUUACGGCACCUCCUCCUGUAGAAGCCAAGCCGCCGCCAUCGGAGAAACAGGCAUCCAACAACCCUGGGACGUACGAAGACUUACACAAGGCAUGCAAAGAUGUCUUUCCACAGCCAUUUGAAGGCUGUAAGCUGGCCAUCAACAAGGGCCUUAGCAAUCAUUUCCAAGUCAGUCACACCCUUCAGCUCAGUGGGAUAGGCCCAGGAGCGUACCACUUUGGAGCAACUUAUGUGGGAAAUAAACAAAUGGGUCCUAAUGAGGCAUUUCCUGUAAUGCUCGGAGACAUAGACACAAAUGGAAGUCUUAAUGCUCAAAUUAUUCACCAAUUGACAGACAGAAUCAGGGGGAAAAUGGUGGUUCAGACACAAAAAUCAGUUUGGGUUCUAGUCCAAAGUGAUGCCGAGUAUAGAGGAAAUGACUUCACUGCAAGUCUAACUGCUGGCAACAUAGAUAUAGUUAAUGGUUCAGGAAUCCUUGUAGCGCACUAUCUUCAAAGAAUGGCCCCACGUGUUGAUGUAGGUGGUGAACUGCUUUACCACUAUGGCUCUGGGCAAGAAUUAGCUAUGAUGUCUCUCGCUGGACGCUACACAUCAGACAGGUGGAUAGCUUCAGCAACUGUCGGUCAGACGGGAUGGCAUUUAAGUUACUGGCACAAGGGCAAUGAGAAUGUUAAAGUUGGCGUUGAGUAUGAAUACAACACAAGAGCACGCGAUAGUUCUGUUAGUGCUGGGUAUCAAAUUGAGGUACCCAAAUCCAAUAUUACGUUUCGUGGAAUGGUAGACACAAAUUGGACAGUGGCUGCUGUUAUGGAAAAGAGACUUCCACCUUUGCCAUUUGCAUUUGUAUUGAGUGGAAUGGUGAAUCAUUCUAAGAAUCAAGCGCGCUUCGGGUUUGGUCUCAACAUUGGGUGAGGACCUUUACCAGCACCCAAGUGUUGUUGUCUUUUUUGGACUAUUCUGUGGAGGUGAAAUUCUACUGUUAAUGCUGUCUUCUCUCAUGGGAAACAGCUGCAGGAUUGUCUUAACUUGCUGGGGAGUGUUUUAUUUCAGAAUUGAACAUGUGGCAUGUACAGAAUAAGAACUAUAUAUGAACAAAACUCUACGCUUUGUAUUUGAGAACAAGACUGACUUAUUUGGUACAUGUACGUAUCUGAACCUCAAAGGAAAGGUCGAGCUCUGAAUCGCUGUCAAUUUUUAGACAUGGGGCAUCAGCAAACGUCCUUUGUGUUUUUUGGUUCAAGAAUAGGAGCUUAAUAAAAUGCAAAUAUGCAGUGUUUGUAGGAUUUUGCA